AUGACCGCAGCUUCGGAUUCAACGCCAAGUCCCAAGGUAAAGCUUCCGCAAGGAACUGUUGUUGGUACUACUUUACAAGAGGGUUAUCCUCAUACGAUUGAGGCUUUCAAAGGUGUACCCUAUGCAUUGCCGCCUACGGGUGAACGCCGCUUCCGAUCACCGGAGAAGGUUCAACCAAGUGAGGAUACUAUUGAUGCUUCAAAGUUUGGUCCCAGAGCUCCAGCACAGCAAUUCCUCAUAAUCGGACCUACGCUUCACGAGAGCGAAGAUUGCCUGACGGUCAAUGUAUUCCGGCAAGCGCGACACAGCAAUUCAACUACUCUACCAGUCAUGGUGUACUUCCACGGGGGUGCUUUCAACCGCGGAAAUGCUGCAAUGCACAAUACUGCGUCCAUGGUUGGGUGGUCAGAGGCUCCUUUCAUCGGGGUAUCAUUCGGCUAUCGCAUAGGGGCAUUGGGCUUUCUCCCGUCAAAACUGAGUGCGGAGGAGGGUGCGCUUAACUUGGGUCUGAAGGACCAGCUCUGCCUACUCGACUGGGUUGAAGAGAAUAUCCAGCACUUCGGGGGCAACAAAAACAACGUAACACUUAUGGGACUUUCGGCUGGUGCACACUCGAUAGGUCAUCAUAUAUUGAACUAUGAAGAGGGCAAAGCGCCCAAGUUCCACCGUGCUAUAAUCGAAUCCGGGGCCCCAACAUCCCGCGCAGUCCGAAACCCAGAUGCGGAGAUUCACGAAAAGCAGUUUGAUGAUUUUCUCAAGGAACUCGAAUGUCCAUCAUCCCUGUCUGCAUCGGAAACUUUUAACUAUCUACGCUCGCUCCCAAUUUCCGCAAUCACUAAAGCGCAGACAAAGGUAUUCCAAAAGUACAAUCCAAGUCUGCGUUGGGCGUUCCAGCCAGUGAUUGACGGAGAAAUUAUUCGCGGUCGUCCAAUCGAUGCCUGGCGGGACGGUAGAUGGCACAAGGUGCCAAUAAUGACUGGCUUCCAGGGCAACGAAGGUUCACUCUACGUGAACAAGAAGAUGUCAAAGUCCUCGGAGUUCCUGGACUUUUGGAAGACUCUGCUGCCGCAAUUAAGCGACGAUGAUAUUCAGACGAUAAAUCAGCUGUACCCCGAUCCGAACGAGGUACCCGACUCUAUCUACAAGGAGACCAGACUGGAGCAUGGCGUCGGUCCCAUGUACAAGCGAAUCGAGGCGGCAUAUGCACAAUACGCUUACGUAGCUCCAGUCACCCAAACCGCAUGGUUCGCUGGCCAAGACGUGCCCGUUUACCUUUACCACUGGGCGAUGAGACGGAACGUUGUCGAUGGAGCUCGUCAUGGAGACAACAUGCUUUACGGCAUGAGGGAUCCUGCUAUAUGCUCGUAUUCCAAGACUCAAGACGAGUUGUCGGGAAUCCUACACGCUUACAUCACUAGCUUCAUCUGUACAGGCAGCCCGAAUACACGUAAUGGUUCGUACGGCAGCCGACCAGAGUGGCAGUCUUACAACAAAGCACAGCCGAGAGUGAUGAUUUUCGGGAAAGACAACGAGGAGUUUAUUGGAGGACAAAAUAUUGGAAAGCCGGCUGUCAUGAUUGAUGACAAUUACGCAAAGAAGGAAAGCGAGUUUUGGUGGUCAAGGGUCGAACUAUCUCAACAGUAG